AAGACAGAUGAGGAAGUUUUACCUUGCUUCUUUGUUUAGUAUCUUCAAGUGCAUAUUUUUUAUAUUUCGGAAACCUUUCGCUAGCGUACAAAUAACGAGCGUCAUCUCGUCUGCAACACAACUUCAUGCAAUUUUAUGAUUUUGUUUUGAUUGAACACAUGAGUUAAUUUAGUGUACAUAAUUUAUGUUAACUACUAACGGUAGCUAGCUAGCAAAUACAGUCAGGAGCAUUUCUUGAUGUCAAUCUCUGACGGCUUGCUCAAAUCAUGAUGGAUGAUGAGAAAAAACCCUGCCUGCCACUCUCCUUUACCGAACCCAAAUCUGAGGGUCCUGAUUGUAAGAGUGAAGCCCAGAGUGAACGGCAGGCUCCAGAGAUGGCAUCAGUGAAGCAGGAAGACUGCAGUCAAACACUGGGGCUGAAUGUCAACAUUAAAGAUGAAGUAAAGGAGGAAGAGAUUGAAACAUUUGUGUUUCAUGGGCCGCCUGGAGAACUCAAAGAAGAGACAGAAGAACACAAAGUCUCACUACUCAAAGGAGAAGGACCUGACUACGCUGAACUUAAGGUUGCAGUUGAAACGUCCAGAGAGCAACACCAUGAAGAAAGCAAUGCUAAGGGGUCUCACCACUGCCCACACUGUGAGAAGAGUUUCCCAUUCCCGUCAUAUCUUGAAAGACACCUGCGGAAACAUACAGGAGAGAAGCCUUACUCCUGCUCUGUCUGUGGGAAGUGCUUCAGAACGUCAACUCAUUUAACCACUCACCAGGGAGUUCACACAGGGGAGAGACCUUACUCCUGCUCUGACUGUGGGAAAUGUUUCUCUCUUAUAAGUAACUUUAAACAACAUCAGCGAACACAUUCUGGAGAGAAGCCUUACUCCUGCUCUGAUUGUGGGGAGAGUUUUUCUCAACAUGGUAACAUGCGUCGUCACCAGAAAAGACAUUCGGGAGAGAAGCCUUACUCCUGCUCUGAUUGUGGGAAGAGUUUUAUUACAACAGCUGAAUUAAUCAGUCACCAGAGAGUGCACACAGGAGAGAAACCUUUCCACUGUUCUGUCUGUGGGCAGAAUUACUUUAGCCUGAGUAACUUAAUACGCCACCAGAGAAUACAUACCUAGGACAGAAGCCAUGUUCAUGCUUGACUGUAUGAAGUGCUUCAAAACAUAAUCUGAACUAGAGGUCUUUACGAAUCCACCUGUACCCGAAUACCCGACAACCGAUCCGGGACAUGAGCGGAUCUGGAUCCAGAAUUCUAAAUAAUGUUACAGGUCUGAGUCGGAUCUGAUUUGAUUGUCAUGGGUCUCGGGUAUGUGUAAUUUAACUGACUUGUCCGGAAGGGCCCGUACAGAUCCGAACUCAACUGCUGCAGUAGAGAGAGAGACAUGUUAUGAUUUAUGUUGCUGCUCCUUUUCACGAGAGUGGAGCGUGCAGCUUUUUGUUGGCCAAUCAUAAGUUAUCAAAGCGGCAAUAGGAUGCAGUCAUACAGCCUCCAUGUGUGGCAAAAAGCAGAAGAUAUCUAAUGAAUGGAAGAUAAACUUUUAUUUACAUUAUUUUAAUUCUAACUAUAGGCAACAACGACCAGGAGACAACAGGUAGGCUGCUACUUCAUUCAGAAUAUGAAGGUGUUAUUUGUAACUGUAGGAUGAGAAAACGCAUGUACUUCAGCCUCAUGUGGGGCGGCAGGUAGCCUAGUGGUUAGAGCGUUGGGCCAGUAACCCGAAAGGUUGCUAGAUCGAAUCCCCGAGCUAAAAAUCUGUCGUUCUGCCCCUGAACAAGGCAGUGUUCCUAGGCUGUCGUUGUACAUAAGAAUUUGUUCUUAACUGACUUACCUAGUUAAAUAAAGGUUACAUUUAAAUAAAAAAAUGCCUAGCUAGCUAACGUUAGCUAGCUUAACUAGCUUCUCCCACGUUUGAUGGAGUCAAGACGGGUACUACGUAAUCAUAUUUGAUGAUAAAUAACCAGCAGCUAUUAGUCUAAUAUAGUGCAAGUCGGCAUGUUGGUUGGUUGCUGUCUCUUGUCUCAUGCUCCCCAUGACCCUCGCUGACAGUACUUCCGCCUGCUAGAGCGGCACCUCUCUCCCUCCUCUCACGCUUUAUCAGCUCCGGUUAAUAAAGUAGCUUAAAACAUUUAUUUUCUGCUGCUUCCAUCGUUCUGAUCGGAUCAGACCGGGUCUGGAUCCGACCAGGUCUAUACGGUAUGGGCCUAGUUGUCCUCGUGUCUGUUCGGAACGGGUUUCUAUAUUUGAAAAUUAGAUCUAUGCAUUUCGGUUCUGGGUGGGAAAUCCUCAGGUCCUUUUAUGAAUGGGUACAACUUUUUGGACCCUUGAAGACCUCUAAUCUGAACUAACUCUACGUCAGAAAGUGCACACAGGGGAGAAAUCUUCCUGCUGCUCUGAUUGCGAUUCACUCUAAUGCACAGGUGUCAAACUCAUUCCACGGAGGGACGAGUGUCUGCGGGUUUUCGCUCCUCCCUUGUACUUGAUUGAUGAAUUAACAUCACUAAUUAGUUAGGAACUCCCCACACCUGGUUGUCUAGGGCUUUAUUGAAAGGAAAAAUCAAAAACCUGCAGACACUAGGCCCUCCGUGGAAUGAGUUUGACACACCUGCUCUAAUGGGUUAAUAAUGAUAGUGUGUACACCGGUACACAACACAAGCAGAAUUCAUAGUCAGAAAAAGGUACAAGUUCUGCUUCCAGGUGAUUGGGAGGUGCAAUGGCGGCCCGUUGCUGAGCAACACCAAACCAUCGCAAAUAGCCAAAUCAACUUUACAGAACAUGCUGCAAUUUAUUUAAUCUAAAUGUAGCAACUAUUUAUUAUUGUGUUUUCCACUGCAAACUGUCCACUGAGACUCUAAUCGACCACGGUGAACCCACAUUCAACGCUACGCUCUGUGCAACAGCGGGAAUACUAACUCCGACAUCAGAGAAUCGACCGGUGACUUGAGCGAGAUAAAAUUAAAACAUUUAUGAACACGCUACAAACCGAUUUUCGAAAAGAAGUGGAGGAAAUGAAAGCGGAAUACUCAGAGGGAGUAAAACAACUCAGACUGGACACGAGCUAGUCAAAACAAAUAAUGCCUCGCAUAAGCAACAAUGGGGCCAAAUCUCCUCUCAAACACCGACGGUAUAGUCAGACCUAGCGCAAAACACCAAGAUAGUGACUGAAUGCAAAGACGAAAUGGAGAAGCUGACACUCAAGUUAUCCGUUUAAGAGGUCAGGGCUUGGAGGCCAAACAGCAGACGUGAACCUGAAAAUUGUGAUUUCCCCCCCAAAAAACAGGCUUCCAUGUAUGGAGAAAGGCUCAUUGAGCAAUCCAUCCACUCUGAUCUUGGAAGCACUGAAUGGCUAUACUGAGGCCAGAUGCCCAGCUACCAUCGUCUAUGAGGGCAAGGACAUCACUUUCUAUGUGGAUUACAGUCUCCAUACCAUGCAGAAGAAAGCUUACACUGAGGUCCGGAAGAAGCUUGUCGUAAAAAGUACACAGAACUUUCUAGUCCAUGUGAUAAUGUGGGACAGGAAGCUCCUCUCUCACACUGUUGAAGACAUGGUGAGGUACCUACACAGUCCCAACGUUGACCCUGUCUGCCGAGGAUGGCGUCCCUCCAAGCUGUUAUGGAGCGCUACACACCGAGGACGAGGAGCCCAACCAGCAUGUAUCAGGGACAUGAGGGAUGGCCCUGCCUGACAGGGAGGACCAGCAUGUAUCAGGGUCAGGAGGGAUGGCCUCACAGGGAGGACCAGCAUGUAUCAGGGUCAGGAGGGAUGGCCUCACAGGUAGGACCAGCAUGUAUCAGGGUCAGGAGGGAUGGCCUAACAGGGAGGACCAGCAUGUAUCAGGGUCAGGAGGGAUGGCCUCACAGGGAGGACCAGCAUGUAUCAGGGUCAGGAGGGAUGGCAUAACAGGGAGGACCAGCAUGUCUCAGGGUCAGGAGGGCCCUCAGGGUCAGGAGGGAUGGCCCAGCCUGACAGGGAGGACCAGCAUGUAUCAGGGUCAGGAGGGAUGGCCCAGCCUGACAGGGAGGACCAGCAUGUAUCAGGGUCAGGAGGGAUGGCCUGACAGGGAGGACCAGCAUGUAUCAGGGUCAGGAGGGAUGGCCCGGCCUGACAGGGAGGACCAGCAUGUAUCAGGGUCAGGAGGGAUGGCCCAGCCUGACAGGGAGGACCAGCAUGUAUCAGGGUCAGGAGGGAUGGCCCAGCCUGACAGGGAGGACCAGCAUGUAUCAGUGUCAGGAGGGAUGGCCCAGCCUGACAGGGAGGACCAGCAUGUAUCAGGGUCAGGAGGGAUGGCCUGACAGGGAGGACCAGCAUGUAUCAGGGUCAGGAGGGAUGGCCCACCCUGACAGGGAGGACCAGCAUGUAUCAGGGUCAGGAGGGAUGGCCCAGCCUAACAGGGAGGAGCAGCAUGUAUCAGGGUCAGGAGGAAUGGGCUAACAGGGAGGACCAGCAUGUAUCAGGGGCAUGAGGAAUGGCCCAGCCUGACAGGGAGUGGAGAGCGCAGCAGUAAACCACAAGGGAAAGGUCUUUAAUUUCUCCUGAGACCGAGCCGCUACUUGACGAGCCGCUACUGAUCCCGUAGAUACACGACACGGCCAAACGUAUGUGAACGCCUGCUCGUCGAACAUCUCAUUCCAAAAUCAUGGGUGUUAAUAUGGAGUUGGGUCCCCCCCCCCC